AUAUAUGGCCAAUAGCAGGAUGCACGGCCAAUGUUAUAGCUGCAGCCACGGCAUUGGUUCAUCGGCCCAAUAUUCCACUUCGAGUUGAAGACAUGCAGGGCGCCCGGGUCAUCAGGCUGCGUCUGCAACAACGGAACGCCUUUUUCUGCACGAGCGACAGCACUGUUUACCUGUCUUUUUUGGUUCCCCUUGAGGUAGCAUUGCACCUCUCCCUCUGACAACGGGUCUCUAAACCUGGGGCCUGUUCGGACCGUCCCAUCCUCCCUGGCUACCUAAUUUGAUCUAAAUGAAGAGGGCUAGCAUGCCAUUGCCAUCCGAAAGAAUUCUGUGGAGCAGCGCUGCCAGCGAGCUCUCUUUAGCGCCUGGAUCAGUGGCCUAUAUCUGAUUUGUUAUCAAUGCCGCCGGGAAAACGUGCUGACGCUUACUGGCCCUGGUAAGCCGAACGCCUAAGCUGGCACUCAAUGUAUGAUAUCCAAGCGGGAAAUCGCCCCAGCGCGACAGACGCGCAUCGGAGGCUUAACCAAAUGGGGUAUAUGAUUUCAUGCGGCUUUAGAGGUCAACUUGGGUAAUUUCCAAGGUGAAGCCCGCGUCAUAAAGGCUGCGACGGGUUUCGCAGCAAGCAUGUGUUGGCCGAAACGUAACGUAGCUUACUGUCCUGUCCAUCCGAGACGAGUUUGACCUACCUUUCUCUCCUCCUCUUCCUUCUUUCACAUCCUCAUCGAUUUUACUUUUAUCUUAAUUGUACGACCAUUACGAAAACGAAAAUAGUGAACGAAUACAGCCUCUGGAAGGUGUCUACCUGCGAAGCGCGCACUGACGGCUAUCCCCAUAAACAAGGCCCCGCGACGCCCUACUAUCGAUUUCACUGCCGCAGCAUUCUAAGACCGUGUUUGCGAAAAUAUCGAAUCUAAACACCAUUUCUAGCGGCUGGAAUAUACUUGGCCUCUUUCACGAAAAAAAAGAAAAUAACUCGCAAUUUAUUCACUGGUCCUGGCUCAUCGUCGUACCACGAAAUCGCUACAGACUGCGCAGCGAGCAGGGAUAAUGGUUCUAUCACCAUUAUUUACAGAAAAUUAUUUGGAAAAUCGGGUUAUCGAACUAUGGACUUUAUUUGCAAUUGCUUCCUCUUCAACCAUCUUCCGCACGUAUGCGCGCGUACGUAGUGUAAGAUGGGAUGGCCUCAAGAUGGAUGACGCUUCGGCGUGGAUAGGAACCGUAAUGCAUGGUAUUCAAGCCGGCCUUGGGUACAUAUUUUUCCACUAUGCCAAAGGGUUGACAAAUGGAGGGUUGGCAGGCCAAGCUGGAGACGCGCUGGACGCUGACAGUCUUGAGUAUGAUCAGCGUUUGUUGGGAUCAAAACUCCAGGUUGCAGAUUGGGCGAUAUAUACGGUCCUUCUAUGGUCCUAUAAAAUAUCGAUCUUGCUCUUCUAUACACGACUGCCGAAACCAUCAAGUAACCACCACCGAUGCCAGAUUUACAUGGCUACCAUUUUUGUUAUUAUUACUUUCGUGGCCAACAUUAUUGUGGUCUUCUUGGGCUGUCAGCCAUUUGACCACUAUUGGCAGAUUAGUCCCAACCCAGGCUUAACUUGUCAGAUAAGCGCGUCCGGAAGUGUUAUUUGGGUUUCAUACGCUACAAAUCUCGUCACUGAUCUUUGCAUUGUGGCGAUCCCUCUACCAACCUUAUGGAGGUCAUCGUUUCCUCUACAAAACAAGAUCGUCAUUACCUCAAUAUUCAGUGCGAGACUACUUGUAUCGGUAUUCACAACUGCAAAGAGCGCGUUAGCCACCUCUAAUCCUACUACUGCCGGGGCGACUGUUGCAGCUUGGAACUCGCGAGAGGCUUUUGUUGCUGCUCUAGUCACCAAUCUACCAGUAGCACUACCUGUUCUUAAGACAUACUAUCGAUAUAUACGAAACAGCAUCGUCCCGAUGGUUGGUAAACCAGAUGCAUCACGACUUCGCACCCUCAAAACUCGAAGCGAAGUUAUCAAGCAGAUUUCGCUUCCAUCCGCCAUUCCAUUUUCUUCAUAUUUCGGAGAGAAUGAGAGCGACGGCAAUACGUUAACGAACGGUGAAAUCAUCGAUAUGGAUUUGAAGCCGGCUGGUGAUCAAAUUGUAGUUUCGAAGAUGGUCAAGACAGUCUUAGAGGACGGUGAUCGUUCAGCUGUUUGA